AUGUGUCAUGACAACCCCUUUCGACAGGUGCCUGAGGAGGAGGCAGGGCAGAACGGGCAGAGCCGCAGCAAAGGGCUGCCCAAGGCCGUGUGCAUGAACGGAACGGAGACGGGACAGCUGAGCACCAAAUCGAAGGCAGAGCGGCGAGCAAGCGCCUCUUCCAACCCCUCCCGCAAGGCCUGCUCUGCCAGCAGCAAGAUCCGCAAACUCUCCACCUGCAAGCAGCAGCUGGCGCUGGCCCUGCCUGCUGCCCCAGGCCCGGCCCGCCUGCUGCCCCGCCUGACCUCCAUCCCUUGCCUGCCGCCCUCGCCCAAGGCAGUGCUGCACUCUGCUGUGGCCCGCGUGGUGACGUUCUUGCUCUUCGAGCCCCGGCCCUUUUCUUGGAGCCGAUAUGGCUGUUCUGGCGCCGCUAUUGUUUCCAUCUGCUCUGCCCUCCCUGACCAGGUGUUUUACAAUGGAGCCAACGUGAAGCAGGUAGACGUGCCGACGCUGACUGGCUCCUUUGGUAUCCUGGCCUCUCACGUCCCCACCCUGCAGGUCCUCAAACCCGGAGUUGUGACAGUCUAUGCCGAGGAUGGCACGGCCACCAAGUACUUUGUGAGCAGUGGUUCUGUCACGGUCCACGCGGACUCCACCGUGCAGGUGCUGGCAGAGGAGGCAGUGACAAUGGACAUGCUGGAUCUGGCUACUGCAAAAUCAAAUCUGGAGAAGGCUAUUUCGGAGAUGGCUGCAGCAUCUGAUGAAGCAGCUAGAGCAGAAGCCCAGAUUAAAGUAGAAGCCAAUGAAGCUCUCGUAAAAGCCCUGGAGUAAUUAGGUUGGGAGACUUGCUCUGCGGCAGUCAGCGUGCGCUGUGCCUGACAGGAAUCCCACUGUCGAUGUAAAGAAACCCCAGACUGUCCUACUUGUCCUGGCUUCCCCCGUUUGUACAGAUGGUACAGGACAAAUGGAGGCGGAGAAAAUGCUCUGAUCAAUUAAAAGGAAAUGCAAUCCUG